UAAACUCGGGCUUUUCAGGGCCCUGCAAGCAAAUGGGGAGCUGAUUCCAGGCUAGCCGCGGGGAUCUAGGGAAGGCGAUGAUAUAAUGAUUUCAUAUCUGAGUGGGUCACGCUUGUCAACAUUAUCUCACUUAAUGCAUUGACCAACUCCACGGAAUUGGAAUUGUUUCUGAUUUGCCGUAGGGCCAAAGCCUCAGAGGUACCCAGCGAUGCAGCCUGGAGGACGCCCGAAGCUGGGGUUCGUGUAGGAGCGGGGGCGCAAAGCCAGCAGUCCAGCCUCCACGCCCUGUGGCCUCUGUUACAGCUCGGCCUUCUGGAUGAGCGCUCUUGGCCAGCCCUGUGCCCUUCGGCUCUCGCUGCCCUGGGAGCCUGAAAUACCCUAAGGGAGGGAGAGGAGUGCGGGCGGUCCUGAGAAGCAUCCCUUCUGAGCCUUGGCUGGAUGCUGCAGCCAGGUGGAUCCUGAGGGAGGGGCCAGCGGGCCCAGACGCCCCUCCAGGCAGGAAGGGAGAAGGACUUGGAAGCCAAAUUCAUUAUUCAAAUGGAGAAAAGCAAAACAACCAUCACAAACUUAAAGAUACCAGAAGGAGGGACUGGGGACUCGGGAAGAGAACGGACCAAGACCUUCACCUAUGACUUCUCUUUCUAUUCUGCUGAUAUGAAAAGUCCAGAUUAUGUCUCACAAGAGAUGGUUUUUAAAACCCUUGGCACAGAUGUCGUGAAGUCUGCAUUUGAAGGUUAUAAUGCUUGUGUCUUUGCGUAUGGACAAACUGGAUCGGGAAAGUCCUACACUAUGAUGGGAAAUUCUGGCGAUUCUGGCUUAAUACCUCGGAUUUGUGAAGGGCUCUUUAGUCGUAUAAAUGAAACCACCAGAUGGGAUGAAGCAUCUUUUCGAACUGAAGUCAGCUACUUGGAAAUUUAUAAUGAACGUGUGAGAGACCUACUUAGGCGGAAGUCAUCCAAAACUUUCAAUUUAAGAGUCCGAGAGCACCCAAAAGAAGGACCUUAUGUUGAAGAUUUAUCCAAACAUUUAGUACAGAAUUAUGGUGAUGUAGAAGAACUUAUGGAUGCAGGAAAUAUCAAUCGAACCACAGCAGCGACUGGGAUGAAUGACGUCAGUAGCAGGUCUCAUGCCAUCUUCACCAUCAAGUUCACUCAGGCAAAAUUUGAUUCUGAAAUGCCGUGUGAAACCGUGAGUAAGAUCCACCUAGUUGAUCUUGCUGGAAGUGAGCGCGCGGAUGCUACGGGUGCCACGGGCGUUAGACUAAAGGAAGGAGGGAAUAUUAACAAAUCCCUCGUGACUCUGGGAAAUGUCAUUUCUGCCUUAGCUGAUUUAUCUCAGGAUGCGGCAAACCCUCUUGUGAAGAAGAAGCAAGUUUUUGUGCCUUACAGGGAUUCUGUUUUGACUUGGUUGUUGAAAGAUAGCCUUGGUGGGAACUCUAAAACCAUCAUGAUCGCCACUAUUUCACCUGCUGAUGUCAAUUAUGGAGAAACCCUAAGUACUCUUCGCUAUGCAAAUAGAGCCAAAAACAUCAUCAACAAGCCUACUAUUAAUGAGGAUGCCAACGUCAAACUCAUCCGUGAGCUGCGUGCUGAAAUAGCCAGACUCAAAACACUGCUUGCUCAAGGCAAUCAGAUUGCCCUCUUAGACUCCCCCACAGCCUUAAGUAUGGAGGAGAAACUUCAGCAGAAUGAAGCAAGAGUUCAAGAAUUGACCAAGGAAUGGACAAAUAAGUGGAAUGAAACCCAAAAUAUCUUGAAAGAACAAACUCUAGCCCUUAGGAAAGAAGGGAUUGGAGUUGUUUUGGAUUCUGAACUGCCCCAUUUGAUUGGCAUUGAUGAUGACCUCCUGAGUACUGGAAUCAUCUUAUAUCACUUGAAGGAAGGUCAGACAUAUGUUGGUAGAGAAGAUGCUUCAACAGAACAAGAUAUUGUUCUUCAUGGCCUUGACUUGGAGAGUGAGCACUGCAUCUUUGAAAAUGUUGGGGGGACGGUGACCCUGAUACCCCUGAGUGGGUCUCAGUGCUCUGUGAAUGGUGUUCAGAUCAUGGAGGCCACACACCUAAAUCAAGGUGCUGUGAUACUCUUGGGAAGAACUAAUAUGUUUCGCUUUAACCAUCCUAAGGAGGCUGCCAAGCUCAGGGAGAAGAGGAAGAGUGGCCUUCUGUCCUCCUUCAGCUUGUCCAUGACGGACCUCUCCAAGUCCUGUGAGAACCUGUCUGCGGUCAUGUUAUAUAACCCUGGUCUUUUCCCUAUAAAAGGACCCAUCUGUCUAAGACUUGAAUUUGAGCGGCAGCAGCGUGAAGAACUUGAAAAAUUGGAGAGUAAAAGGAAACUCAUAGAAGAAAUGGAAGAGAAGCAAAAGUCAGAUAAGGCAGAAUUGGAGCGAAUGCAGCAGGAGGUGGAGACCCGGCGUAAGGAGACAGAGAUCGUCCAGCUCCAGAUCCGAAAGCAGGAGGAGAGCCUCAAACGCCGCAGCUUCCAUAUUGAGAGCAAACUGAAGGAUUUGCUCGCUGAAAAGGAAAAGUUUGAAGAGGAAAGGCUGAGGGAGCAGCAGGAAAUCGAGCUGCAGAAGAAGAAGCAAGAGGAAGAGAGCGUUCUCCGAGUCAAGGAAGAGCUCCAGCGGCUCCAAGAACUCAACAACAAUGAGAAGGCCGAGAAGCUUCAAAUCUUUCAAGAGCUGGACCGGCUGAAAAGGGAGAAGGAUGAGCAGUAUGCCAAGCUCGAAUUGGAGAAGAAGAGGCUGGAGGAGCAGGAGAAGGAGCAGGUCAUGCUCGUGGUGCAUCUGGAAGAGCAGCUGCGUGAGAAGCAGGAGAUGAUCCGGCUCCUGCGGCAAGGGGAAGUGCAGCGGGUGGAGGAGGAGAAGCGGGAUCUGGAAGGCAUCCGAGAGUCCCUCCUUCGGGUGAAGGAAGCCCGGGCUGAAGGGGAGGAUGAUGGUGAGGAGUUAGAAAGGGCUCAGCUCCAUUUCUUAGAGUUUAAGAGAAGGCAGUUGGUCAAGCUAGCCAACUUGGAGAAGGACCUGGUCCAGCAGAAGGACCUCCUGAGAAAAGAAGUUGAAGAGGAACAGGAACUCCUAGAGCGUUUAAAAUCUGCAGAAGAGGAAGACUCUAGGUUAUUGAAGAAAAAUGAUGCUAGCAUCACGAACGUUACCCUGCUGGCUCGAAAUGUGGAGAAGAUAAAGCCAGCAGAAUAUAGGCUGCAGUAUAAAGAACGCCAGCUCCAGUACCUGCUGCAGAAUCAUUUGCCAACCCUGUUGGAAGAAAAGCAGAGAGCGUUUGAAAUCCUUGACAGAGGUCCCCUUGGCUUAGACAACACUCUUUAUCAAGUGGAGAAAGAGAUGGAAGAAAAAGAGGAACAGCUUGCCCAGUACCAGGCCAACGCGAGCCAGCUGCAGAAGCUCCAGGCCACCUUCGAAUUCACUGCCCACAUUGCACGUCAGGAAGAAAAGGUGAGGAAGAAGGAAAAGGAGAUCCUUGAGUCUCGGGAGAAGCAGCAGAGGGAGGCGCUGGAGCGAGCUGUGGCCAGGCUGGAGAGGAGGCACUCAGCCCUGCAGAGGCGCUCCACCCUGGGCCUGGAGAUCGAGGAGCAGAGGCAGAAGCUCGCCACGCUCCACAGCAGCAGCAGCGAGCAGUCUGGGCUCCAGGCCAGCCUGGAAGCUGAACAGGAAGCCCUGGAGAAGGACAGGGAGAGAUUAGAGCACGAAAUCCAGCAGUUGAAGCAGAAGAUCUGUGAGGUUGAUGGUGUUCAAAAAGGGCAUCAUCGGACCUUGGAGGGGAAGGCUCCUUCUCCCAGCUUGCCAUCCAGUACUGAGAAGUCACACCUGGUCCCUCUGAUGGAUGCCAGGAUCAAUGCUUACAUUGAAGAAGAAGUCCAAAGACGACUUCAGGAUCUACAUCGCGUGAUUAGUGAGGAUGCUGAUGCAUCUGCAGAUGUGGUGAAGGAUAAUGAGAAACUCCACAAUGGCACCAUUCAACGCAAGCUAAAAUAUGAGAAAAGGCGUCUUGUCCCACUGCGGCCCAGAGAUGUUCCUGACACUUCCAGCAGAGAAGAGGGGAGGGAGUUGGAUCAGAACCACCACCAAGAUCAUCCCUUGGCAUGGAGCAUCUCAGGCUCUAUGGCUCCCUUCUCAGAAUCACAAGAGAGAGCCCAGCAGCAAGGCCAUCAGUCCUCAGUGUAUGAGCUGCUGCAGAACAGUGAUUGCAGACCUGGUCAUCUUGCAUCCGCAGGCUGUUUUCAACCAAAAUGUUUCAGUCUACCUGAAAUCACUUCCCUUAACAAAAGCAACACCAGUGACAUAAAACAUUUUCAGCGUAGGUCAGGAAAUUUCUGUGAGCUGAUGACUCAUAAAGAUGAGUACAGCUUGGGAAUCAAGUCUGGCUGGACUUUGCUGCAAGAUUUGUGCCAAGAAUUAUCUAUGAAUAAUGGAGGCAAGCAGACCAGGCAAAGCAAGUUACUCUUUGUCCUCUCUGAAAACAUUCCUAGUGAGGAAAGUGCCUCCCACAAUGUUCCUCAUGGUGCACCAACCUCAAAGUUUUGUGGUGCGCAAAAAGUUGAGAGAGAGUUAGCUGCUAAAAAAGUUAACUCUCCACAGUCCCUGAUGAAUACCAACACAGAAGCAACCAGUGGGUUGGGCUAUUUUUACCACAGACUCUCAGACCUUUAUAAAGAUACCUGCAGUCACCUGCUGCAGUCUGGCACAGAGGUGAUCCGCCUAGUCAGGCACGUGGGGAGCCUGCGUGACCCCAGUGAGCUCACCUCCCAUGUGAUCACAUUUAUCAGAAGACUGCCAUUUCUGAAACACUUUCCCCUAGACACAUCCCUGAAGACACACGGACUGUCAGCAGAGUCUCAUUCUUUCCCUGGAGAAGCUCAAGUGGGCAGCAGCAACAGUGAGGAGGCAGGUGCUGCUUGGCCAGGAGAGAGCUCUGCGCCUUUCAGAGCCCCAGGCCUCACUGUGGCCUCUGCGCCUGCGGGAUCCCCAGGCUCCUUCCUGAGCUCAGUCUGCCACCUAGAAUACGAAGGUGCUACACAGAGUUGUGCAUUUAAGCAGACCCUGGUGCAGUUUCCAGCCCAGAUGCUGAAACUUCAGGAGCACCCUUUAGAAGACUUUCUUGAGCACGUGGCUUGCUCCCUACCAGAACUUGUGAGUGAUGUGAACAAAGUGCAGGGUGUUUACUGGCUUGCUGUUGCCACCUAUACUGAACCUGACCCGCAACCAGCGUGUUUUCUCCUGCUUCAUUCCAUCUUAUACACUUUGGUUCUGUCAGAUAACCCGUCAGGCUCAGUGGCUGUUUUUCAUUCUCUACCUCUUUCUGGACUAGAGGAGAUUCAAAUUGGCUUUGGUGGGCAGAGCAUUAGAUUCCUGGGCUCUACAGAGAGUCUGCUGCUCACUGUAUUUAGUUACAACAAAGACCUCUGUCAGCAGAUAUGCCGUGACCUCCUGGGUGUCCUGAUGCCUGAGUCUGAUGUUGCUGCCUGUACUAACCAUCCUUUGUUCCAACAAGAUCUGGUUGAGCUCUCUCUGGAUUGGAAAGCAGAAGUCCCUGAUUUAGUUUUGGCAAAUGGAGUUCGGUUGUCAUCCAGAUUCCGGAAUACCUUGGUUGACAUGAUUUAUAUUCUUCAUGGAAACAUGGAAGUCAACGUCCCCUCUCUGGCAGAGGUUCAGUUAUUGCUCUACACGACUGUCAGAGUUGAGGGUGACCCUGGCCCAGACCAGUGCCAGUCGUUGGUCCUUCUAAACACCCACAUUGCCCUUCUGAGGGAAGAUCGAGUUUUCUAUCCCCGCACUCAGUCUCUAAACAUACCUCCUCCACGAACACAAUUUGACGUGACCAGAUGCUGUGCUUUAAGCGAAUUCAGGUGUGUUGUUGUUCCAGAGGAGAAAACAUUGUCAACCGUUGAACUUGUCUUCUUCAAUAAACACAAAGUCUCAUCGGGUUCAAGAAAUGGUGCUAAGCACUUUGAGGAAGCGCAGAACGUCCAGUUAUUCACCGGCAUGCUGUGUCUUCAGGGCAGUCAGAACGUGGCACCUGAUGUCUGGAAAAUGACCCUCAGCUCUCAUGAUGAGGCUCUGUGGCUCAUCUCACAUUUGACAAGGCUCAAAGGAGGAAACUUGUAAAAAUAUUCUGCAUGUUUUUUGAGAUUUUUAAUAAAAUGAACAUUAUGUUAAUAGUCAAGGACUAGGAAUAUCUCUGUGAUUUAAAAUUGGAAAAGUGCAGACCUCUAAAAUUGAAAAUGUAAAUAUUUUAAAUAUCUACAAUAAAAGAGAAAUAGGGGAUAGCUGAGCACUGAUAAAAUAUCUUUAUCACCACUCUGCUUCAUUUUCUUGAACCUCAGCCUUGUAAAUUUGGGUCUGCCUCAUUAUUUGUGAGGUGAUUAAAGCAUUUCUGAUUGUU